AUGUGGAAGCUCCGGUCAGUUUUUGGCUUUUUCUGCUUUCUCCUGCUUUGCUCGUCGCCAGCUUUAGUUUCCGGCCAGCGAUCUAGGAGAGGCGCUACCAGAUGGCAGACGCUUAGCGGUGAUCCUCCCCUUGUGUUAGCAAGAGGUGGAUUUUCUGGAGUGUUCCCCGAUUCCAGUACUCUUGCAUAUACACUUGCGGUGCAGAUGAGUUUGCAAAAUUCUCUCGUUUUAUGUGAUGUGAAGCUUACUAGAGACGGGGUUGGAAUCUGCUUUCCCAGUAUCAUGCUACAAAACGCAUCAGACGCUGAUAUGAAAUAUCCAAACAGGAGCAACACCUAUGAUGUCAAUGGUGUCCAAAUGGAAGGAUAUUUCACUUUGGAUUUUGACUCCAGUGAACUUGCAAAUGUAACGCUGAAGGAGGGGAUUUUUUCUAGGCCACCCUAUUUUGAUGAUGUUGGACUGCGAAUUCUCACUCCGCAGUUGGUAUAUAACCCCCCAUCAGAAGAACCAGCCGGAUUAUGGUUGAAUAUACAGUAUGACGCAUUUUUCAGCCAGCAUAAUCUGAGCAUGAGGUCAUAUGUUCUCAGUCUGUUCAGACCUUCCAGUGGUGUUGUUGUUAGUUUUAUUUCAUCGCCUGAAGUGGGCUUCUUGAGAAGCAUCAGAAAUCGAGUAGGCACAACAAGACUCGUCUUCCUGUUUCUGGGACCCACUGACACGGAGCCCACGACAAACCAAACAUACAGCUCGUUUUUGAACAAUCUCACAGCAAUCAGAACCUUCGCGGACGGAAUUAUUGUUCCUAAAAAUUACAUAUGGCCAGUGGACAACAGACAGUAUUUACUCAACUACACCUCUCUCGUGGCAGAUGCUCAUAGAGCGGGUUUGGAGGUUUUUGCAUCUGGGUUUGCGAAUGAUGCAAAUUUACCUUAUAAUUACAGCUUUGACCCUGUUUCCGAGUAUCUCUCCUUCAUUGAUAAUGGUCAAUUUUCUGUCGAUGGUGUGCUUUCGGACUUCCCACUUACCCCAUCUGCAACAAUAGAUUGCUAUUCUCACAUGCGCAGAAACGACAGUAUUAUAGCAAAUAUUACAAUUAUCUCGAGUGAGGGAGCAAGUGGGGACUAUCCCGGUUGUACGGAUGUUGCGUACAGAAAAGCUGCAUCAGAUGGUGCAGAUAUACUCGACUGCCCUGUUCAAAUGACGAGAGAUGGAGUGCCUUUCUGUUUGGGAUCGAUCGAUCUCAGGAACAGAACAAAUGUUGCACAAUCACCCCUCGCAAACCGGGCUACUGAUAAUCCGGAUCUGCACAUACAGGAUGGAAUUUUUACCUAUAACCUCACGUGGAGUGAAAUUCAGACCUUGAGACCUGCUAUUUCCAAUCCAUAUGUGGACGGAUAUGCACUAUACCGGAAUCCAAUUGCAAGAAAUGAUGGGAACUUGAUGCAGCUAUCCGAUUUCUUGGCAUUUGCAAACAAUCAAUCUUCCGUGUCUGGAAUCCUUAUCAGCAUCGAGAAUGCGGCAUACCUAGCCGAGAACCAGGGGUUAGGCGUGACGGAUGCUGUCCUGUCGGCCCUGAGUCUUGCUGGCUACAACAACCAGACAUCCAAACGGGUUCUUAUCGAGUCGAGCGACAGCUCAGUUCUGACAAACAUCACGGCCGCGGGCGUGCCGUACGAGCUCGUAUACGAUGUAGACGAGGACGUGGGCGCCGUGCCCGACUCGACCAUCUCAGAGAUACAGCGCUUUGCCCAAUCAGUAGUUGUGUCCAAGAUCUCGGUUUUCCCGUCAGAUGAGUUAUUUGUGAAGGCAGAGACGAAUGUGGUGGAAAGGCUGCAGCGGUUCAACCUCACGGUGUACGUGCGUCUCUUCCGUAACGAGUACCCAUCCCAAGCCUGGGACUUCUUAUCCGACCCUUACGUCGAGAUCAACAAUUACGUGGCAGCCAAAGGGAUCAAUGGCCUCAUCACCGAAUUCCCGGCAACUGCCAAUAGAUACAGAAGGAACCGGUGUUUAGGGUACAAUGUUUCUGAUGCACCAGCGUAUACGCAACCCGUCCCACCCGGUGGCCUUAUUGGAUUGAUGUCCAACCAAAACCUUCCGCCAGCUGAGCCUCCACUCCCGGUACUCACAGAUGUGACUGAGCCUCCUCUGCCUCCUGUGAUCUUAAGGCCCCCGCCGGGGAACCCGCCUCCGGCCCAAGCUCCGGCCCCGCCCAACAGCCAGCCGAAGACACUUGUGGCCAGCACCAACACUCUCUUCGUUCUGCUUCUGCUUGUGGCCUUUGUGCUCUGA